CAAGAGCAAGGUGAAUUAAAAAGAAAACCCAAAGUUUGAUUUGACUCAUGGGGGAAGUUGAGAAGGAAGUCUGUCUCUCUGAAGAGGAAGCUGAGUCUUGUUGCAAUAAAAGCAAGCUGACCUCAUGGCUUCUGUCAAAAAGGAAUGCAUGCAUCGUAGACAGAGAGAGAUAAACAAGCACAUACAGUAGACAGGAUCAUCCUCCACUACACACAAGCUUCCCUCCUCUCUCUUGCUCUCUCUCUCUCUCUCUCCUUCCCUUUUCCUCCCUCCCUCUCUCCCUCGCCCACUUACUCUGUAUCGUUUCAUCUGUCUCUCCCUCACUCACCCUCUCAGUCUCUGUACAGAUGGGGAUACACUGUCAAGGACUUAGUGUGGAGAAGAGUGCGUUUCCUUUCUUCUCCAGAGAUUCUUGCUCUUCAGCCUGCCAUCCCUCACGAGCCGUUAAUUCCUGAUCCCGAGGAUGAGGAGGAUCUAUUUGUGAGGAAGACACAACAAAGCAACAAGGAGCAACAGGGUGGGAGUCAGCAAGGAGGUCUUACAGCAUUCUUUCCCUCCACAUUUGACCAAGGUAGUAUGACCGCCAUAAGCAGCCAUGUGAGAGGACCGGCCAACACACAGAGAAUGCCAAGGUCCAGCUAAAGCCGAGCAGGCUCCCUCCCUGCCUCCUGCUCCCUCCCUUCUUCCCAUAUGAAGACGAGAAGAUGACUAUCACCAGCCGGCAGUCCUUUAAUGUCCUGACAGUCAUCUUCCUCCUGUUGUCCACUGCAGCCCUGUCAGCUCAUUAUCGAGUGUGUGAACCCUACUCCGACCACAAGGGACGCUACCACUUUGGUUUCCACUGCCCACGGCUGUCAGACAACAAGACUUACAUGUUCUGCUGCCACCACAACAACACCGCCUUCAAGUACUGCUGCAACGAGACCGAGUUCCAGAUGGUCAUGCAGAUCAAUCUUACCACCACCUCAGAUGGUUACGCGCACAAAUUACACUAUAGUGAUUCCAUUCUCUCUUUUUUCCACAGUAACUACACAGCCCUGAUCGGUGUGUGGAUCUACGGCUUCUUUGUCAUGGUUCUACUGGCCCUGGACUUUCUGUACUACUCAGCCAUAAACUAUGAGCUGUGCCGGGUCUACCUUGAGAAAUGGGGUCUGGGUGGGCGCUGGCUGAAGAAGGCGAGGAGUCAGUGGCACAGGUCCAUGCCAGAGGAGAGUGAAACACAGCCUCAAGCCCAGCCCAUGGUUUCCAGUCACUACCAGCCGAGACAUAGCCUCCGAGGAGAAAGCCACAGCCCCACGCUCCUACCCUACAACACAUCCACCGCAUGAAUAAUGCUGUGAAUGGAUGAACGGAAGGGCAGCAACACUUUGUUCUUCGUACGAUACAGAGGAGACGCCCCACUGACACCCAUCUCUCUGGAUUCCAAGAACAGCACCACUGGUGGGCGAGUCAUACUGUAGUUUUAGCAGUGACUACUGCCCCUUUCCACUGAGCACAACACUCUCAUAGACCGAUACAAUCAAGCCAAAUGACAUUUAGAAACUCAGCUGCAUAAAGCCUGCAAGGAAGCCCAGAAGACUGCCUUGCUGCUCCCACGGCUGCAAAGCAACAGACGCAUUCAGCCGCUCACAGGUGUUCAGUGAUCCCCUGGAAAGGCUGCGUCGCGUCCCAAACAAAUGUGAGCUGGACUGGAUGAACAGUUGUGGCAAGCAAGCGUGCCUGCCUGUUUUUAGAAAAGGUCAUCUUUCUAGAUAUGAAAUGUUUAUUACACUGCUGUGUCACUUUGUGUUCAGUAGCAGUUAGACACAGUUUGUGAAUUAUCUAUUUCGUGAUUUAUUUAUGUGAACUAGUCUGGGAAAUAUAUGAGUGGUUAACACUGGGAACAGCAUCGGUCGAUGCUGAGCAUCUCUCACUUAGACUAGAAUGUUUUGGUCUGUGCUCACACCAGACACAAAAUGUCUCUGGAGCCAUGUCGACAAAUAAUUUGUUGCGUGAAAUGUUUUCUGCAAAAUUCGUCACACCUCUAUAUUUUAACUAUUCUGACAAGAAUGUAAUAACAUAAUACAGAACAGCUGUUGAUUUUACAGCAAAUCAUCAAUAUUUAUCAGUAAUCUAGGUUACUUUAUCAAAAAACAAAAUGUGGAUCAGGGAUGCUUCUUUAACCUCUAGGUCAACAUAACCCUAACCACAGGUUAGGCCCAUUGAAACCCUUACAGUUGUCAUGGUAACCUCAUCCAAAGGCCUGUGCGCCUGUUCUCACGACCAGAGCCGCCUGAAAACGGCUCCAUUAGCAAUAUGAUGCAAACAAGUUUCCAUUUAGUUCCUUUAUAAGGAACAUGCUACAUCCAACAAUGGUAACACACAGUAGGGUGUUUCUAAUCACGUCACUGGACCACACUC